CAGCAACAUGGCGGCGCCCUUGCAUGACUGCUGAGCAACUGUUCAUGUCGGCAAAAAAGCGAGAGAAGCAUCGAGUUUUCCUCACUUAUACUGCAGCGGGUUAGAAGAGGAGACGGAGAGCGAGUGUGAUGAAAAUGGACGCUGAGCUUCUGAAUUCGCCCGCGGUGGCGCUGUCGGAGGAAGAGGAGGCCGAUAUGAGUGACUGGAACCUUCCUCUGGCCUUCAUGAAGAAACGCCACCUGGAGAAGAUCGAGGGAUCAAAAGCUCUCGCGCAGAGCUGGAGGAUGAAGGACCGGAUGAAGACAGUGAGUGUUGCCCUGGUUUUGUGUCUGAACGUUGGUGUUGAUCCUCCUGAUGUGGUGAAGACGUCACCCUGUGCCAGACUCGAGUGCUGGAUAGAUCCACUCUCGAUGAGUCCACAGAAGGCCCUGGAGACAAUCGGGGCAAACCUGCAGAAGCAGUACGAAAACUGGCAACCCAGGGCACGCUAUAAGCAGAGUUUGGACCCCACCGUGGAUGAAGUGAAGAAGCUGUGUACAUCUUUGAGACGGAAUGCUAAAGAAGAGCGCGUCCUGUUUCACUAUAAUGGUCACGGUGUUCCCCGGCCCACCGUCAACGGAGAGAUCUGGGUCUUCAACAAGAACUACACACAGUACAUCCCUCUGUCUAUAUACGACCUGCAGACGUGGAUGGGCAGUCCGUCCAUCUUUGUGUAUGACUGCUCUAAUGCUGGCAUCAUCGUCAAGUCCUUCAAACAGUUUGCUCUACAGAGAGAGCAGGAGCUGGAGGUAGCAGCGAUAAACCCCAACCACCCUCUGGCCCAGAUGCCGCUUCCACCAUCCAUGAAGAACUGCAUCCAGCUUGCAGCGUGUGAAGCUAACGAGCUCCUGCCUAUGAACCCUGACCUCCCUGCUGACCUGUUCACCUCCUGCCUCACCACGCCCAUCAAAAUCGCUCUACGCUGGUUUUGUAUGCAGAAAAGUGCCAAGCUGGUACCCGGAGUGACGCUGGAUCUGAUAGAAAAGAUCCCUGGCCGGCUGAAUGACCGGAGAACACCUUUAGGAGAGCUGAACUGGAUCUUCACUGCUAUAACAGACACCAUUGCAUGGAACGUACUGCCUAGAGAUCUGUUUCAGAAACUGUUCCGCCAGGAUCUACUAGUUGCCAGUCUGUUCCGUAACUUUCUAUUGGCUGAGAGGAUUAUGAGGUCAUAUAACUGCACUCCGGUCAGUAGCCCCAGGUUACCGCCCACCUACAUGCACGCUAUGUGGCAGGCGUGGGACCUGGCCGUGGAUAUUUGCCUCUCUCAACUUCCCACUAUUAUUGAAGAGGGCACAGCAUUCAGGCACAGUCCGUUCUUUGCAGAGCAGCUCACAGCGUUUCAGGUGUGGCUCACUAUGGGAGUGGAAAACAGGAACCCACCUGAGCAGCUUCCCAUCGUCCUGCAGGUCCUCCUCAGUCAGGUGCACAGACUGCGAGCGUUGGACCUGCUGGGCCGGUUUCUGGACCUCGGACCCUGGGCCGUCAGUCUGGCUCUGUCCGUGGGGAUCUUCCCGUACGUGUUGAAGUUGUUGCAGAGUUCGGCAAGAGAGCUGCGGCCGCUCCUCGUCUUCAUCUGGGCCAAGAUCCUCGCCGUCGACAGUUCGUGUCAGGCCGAUCUGGUGAAGGAUAGCGGACAUAAGUACUUCCUGUCCGUCCUGGCUGAUCCCUACAUGCCUGCGGAGCAUCGGACCAUGGCGGUGUUUAUCCUGGCAGUGAUUGUCAACAACUACAACACAGGACAGGAGGCGUGCUUACAGGGGAAUCUGAUAGCGAUCUGUUUGGAGCAGCUGAACGACCCUCACCCUCUCUUGCGCCAGUGGGUGGCCAUAUGCCUCGGUCGUAUCUGGCACAACUUCGAUUCGGCCCGCUGGUGCGGCGUAAGAGACAGCGCUCACGAAAAACUCUACAGCCUCCUGUCCGACCCCAUACCUGAGGUGAGAUGUGCAGCUGUGUUCGCACUGGGGACAUUCGUCGGAAAUUCAGCCGAGAGGACGGACCAUUCCACCACCAUCGACCACAAUGUAGCCAUGAUGUUAGCUCAGCUCAUCAAUGACGGCAGCCCCGUGGUCAGGAAGGAGCUGGUGGUGGCUUUGAGUCACCUGGUGGUUCAGUAUGAGAGCAAUUUUUGCACCGUGGCGCUGCAGUUCAUGGAGGAGGAGAAGAACUACGCAGCGCCCUCAUCUGCCAACGCUACAGAGGCGGGUAACGUGACCCCGGUGAGGGAGAGAGACAGUCCGGCUGUUCCUCGUCUCAGACCUGUUAACUCCUACACCAACAUCCGAGCAGCCAGCAGCGCUCGCAGCCUCAACAAGAGCCUCCAAAACCUCAACCUCAACGAGGAGGGUGGCCCAGUGACCUUUUCCCCUGGUAAUCUGAGUGCCAGCAGCAGUGCCAGCAGCACACUGGGCAGCCCAGACAACGACGAGUACCUACUGUCUUUCGAGACCAUCGAUAAGAUGAGACGAGUCAGUUCGUACUCCUCCCUCAACUCUCUCAUUGGUGUAUCGUUUAACAGCGUUUACACUCAGAUCUGGCGAGUGUUGCUACACCUGGCUGCUGAUCCCUUCCCCGAGGUGUCUGACCUGGCCAUGAAGGUCCUGAACAGCAUCGCUUACAAGGCUACAAUGAACGCCCGGCCGCAGAAGAUUCUCGACUCUGGUUCUCUUACCCAAUCAGCACCAGCCAGUCCAACCAGCAAAGGAACCCUCAUUCACCAAGCAGGUGGGUCUCCACCCAUCCCGGGCGUUUCUAGUUCAAGCCUCACCAAUGACGUGACAAAGCCACCACAAGCCCCGCCCUCCAGGCCUCCAUACACACCCACUCUGGGUUCUCAGGCUCCACCUCAUUCGCACCAGUUCUCAAGGACACGCAAAAUGUUCGACAAGGGACCUGAUCAGAUGACAGAGGAUGGUGAUGACGCUCCUGGUCACAGACACUUCAUCAGUGUGACGUUGCAGACCGGACUGUGUGACUGGAGCGCUAAAUAUUUUGCCCAACCUGUCAUGAAGAUCCCCGAGGAGCAUGAUGUGGAGAGUCAGGUGAGGAAGGAGAGAGAGUGGAGGUUUCUGAGGAACGGCCGGGUCAGGAGACACAGCCAGCGCAUCACACAAAAAGGAAUCACACGAUUGGACGACCAGAUUUUUAUAAACAGGAACCCUGGAGUGCCCUCUGUGGUGAAGUUUCACCCCUUUAACCCCUGCAUCGCCGUGGCUGAUAAAGACUCCAUCUGUUUCUGGGACUGGGAGAAGUCUGAAAGGUUGGAUUAUUUCUACAAUGGAAAUCCUCGUUACACCCGGAUCACAGCGAUGGAAUACCUGAACGGACACGAUUGUUCCCUCCUUCUCACAGCUACUGAUGACGGCGCGCUGAGGAUAUGGAAGAACUUUGCAGAUCAGAGGAAUCCAGAGAUGGUGACGGCGUGGCAAGGGCUUUCAGACAUGCUGCCCACCACACGAGGUCUUGCUCGGCGGGUUUCAAUCUAUCUUGACAGAAGUAAGCAGGGAGGUGCAGGUAUGGUGGUUGACUGGGAGCAGGAGAACGGCCUCCUCAUGACCUCUGGAGAUGUUCGGGUUAUCAGGAUCUGGGACACUGAGAGAGAGAUGAAGGUUCAGGACAUCCCAACAGGAGCUGACAGCUGUGUGACGAGUAUAUCAUGUGACCCUCAGCGCUCUCUAGUGGUGGCCGGACUGGGUGAUGGCUCAGUACGUGUGUAUGAUCGCAGGAUGGCUCCCAACGACUGUCGUGUGAUGAUGUAUCGAGAGCAUGCAGCAUGGGUGGUGAAGGCUCAUCUGCAAAGGGAGGCAGAUGGACAGAUCAUUAGUGUUAGUGUGAAUGGGGACGUGCGAUUCUUUGAUCCUCGGAUGCCCGACUCCAUCAACGUACUGCAGACGGUGAAGGGACUCACGGCACUGGAUAUUCAUCCACAGGCCAACCUGUUUGCAUGUGGAUCUAUGAAUCAGUUCAUCGCAGUGUACAACUCCAGUGGUGAUGUCAUCAGUAAUAUAAAGUAUUAUGACGGUUUCAUGGGGCAGAGGAUCGGCGCCAUCAGCUGCUUGGCCUUCCACCCCUACUGGCCGCACUUGGCCGUGGGCAGUAACGACUACUACAUGUCCAUCUAUUCAGCGGAGAAAAGACUGAGAUAACAGUGUGAACUCUGACCUCUUGACCUUUUGACCUUACUUGCCAUACACAGGCAGGAUGUAAAUGACUUCUGUACAUAUGCAACUACCAUCAUGAAUGUUUAGUGAAGGCUGCUGAACUCACACAGUGAAAUAACGAUAGUAAUAACAGAAACAUUAUUAUUAAUAUUAUUAUUAUUAUUGUCAUGACUCUUUACAUUCUGAAGUUAUUGAUUGUACACUUGGCUGUGCUGAGCAGUUUGUAUAUUUAACUGCAUAUAGAAAUAUUUUACAGCUCGGUUAGGAGACUUUACAACCUGGUGGGUCUAAAAGGGAGCGGAGUCUGGGCCUUGAAGUGGGCGGGUCUUACUUAUAAAGCAUUAUAUGUUUAGUCAGUGUCAAAUGCUCAUAUUGGGAGCAACUUUAAAAAAGUGUAAAUAAGAUCGGAGUCUAGAUGGGGCGGAGACGGGGAGUUGUAGUGCAUUAAUACUAGCAUUAAGACUCCCAAAGUGGGUGUGGUCUGUGCCAACACAUCAUGAGUCCAAGAGUAAGGCGCAUAAGCUUAGGAUUUAUAUGAGGAGGCAUGUCUGGGAUUGAAAGCUUGGGAUUAAAAUGGGCGGUGUCAUUUCAUUCAUCAAUUAUAAAACAUCGAGGAUAUAAAAAAGUGGUGGAAUCUGGCAGUAGGAGCCUGAGUGAGGGUGCACACUCGAAAUCAACACAUUACAGAUGUGUAAAAAGGGCCCGGUUUGGGAGCGGGGCCCAAUACGUGGGCGGAGUUUGACAGUGAAUGCAGUAGAAGUUGUUUUGUUUUGAAUGACACUUAAACAGAUUUUACUAAACAAACACAAUAAUAAUUAUGUUUACUAUAUUUUUAUUGCAAUUAUCAUUAGCGUGCUACGCUACAUGGCCGAAAGUAUGUAAACACCCCUCCUAAACACUGAGAUUACGUGUUUAACACACACCGAUUGCUAACGGUUGUAUGAAAUAAAUGAAAUGCUUCCAACUUUGUGGCAACAGUUGUGGCAGGUUCUUUCCUGGUCCAGCAUGACUGUGUCCCUGUGCAAGAACUGUAGAAGAACUCCUGCACAGAGCCCUGACCUCAGCCCUCAUGACCAGCUUCACUAUGCACUUGAACCUUAAUUGCCACUUGCCGAAAGCUUUCUCAUUCUUAGAGGAAUGGAGACUGUUGGAGCUGCAGAUGUGGAAUGGGAUGUUUAACAAUCUCAUGGUCAGGUGUCCAAAUACCUUUGGCCAUGUAGUGUAUUUUGUUUGAUAUCAUGCAUAAAGGUAAAGCCUAGAAAUUAGAUUUUGGUACCAAAAUUCUGCCUGAUUUUAAUGGUGAAUUUAUUUAUUUGGCUUUUUUGAUGGACACCUGAACCUUCCUGGAGUCACAAUAAUCAAAGCACAUUUCAGACAUAAAAAAAACAAUUUCUCCAGCAGGGAGACAGGGAGAGAAAGGGAAAACGGUAUGGAGAAGUCGUGUGUUUGUGUUAGAAACAGUACUCAGAUUUUUGUAUCUUCUUUUUCACGUUGUAUGUUGCCUUGUUUUUUAUUUCUAUCAUUUUGUCUGUCUUAAUCUUGCUCAACAAAAUAAUGACGUUUUAACCAAAAUUCUCUUUCUUCACACACACUUCACCAUCAGAAAAAUAAAAAUAAAAGGAUAAAUAAGUAAAUAAAAAAUUACCUCAUGUUUGCAUCUGACCCAUUUCAGAAGCAAAUCUGUUUGCAUGAAGCUCUUUGGCCCCUAACCCACAUGUAGCGCCCUCUAGAAUAGCAGCGACUCCCCGACACGCCCCUGUACGGCUCUACUGCUUUAAAUUUUAUUGUUUUAGAUUAAAAAUUUGAAAAAAGAGAAGCUAGUAGGAUGAAGCGAUGCAAUCAGGUGUUCUCUGUGACUGUAGACUGCUUUUGCUGGCUGUGGUUUUAUGAUGAGAAGAAAUCAUUCAAAUAAAACCAAAUACACACUAA